GAGAUGCGUCUUUCGGCUUGAGAGCCCGGCCUCCCGGCUGUCCCAGGCUGUGUCUUACCUCAGGACUAAGGUCUGCGGUCUCACUGCCGUCCAGGGGCACUUCCAGAAGGCCUCCUUCUGGGGGCAUUUUCCUUCUACCCGCACUAACGCUGGCCGCAGCGGGCCCGGAUCCUCGCCCAGGUCCAGCCCUUAGCCUGCCAUGUCUAAGAAAGGGAAAAAGUCCAAGGUGCCCCUGACGGAUGAGGAGCAGCUGCUGCUGUUCCAGCAGAGGUUGCUGGCAGAGGAGGAGCUGUCCAGGAAGAAGGAGCGGCUCCUGAGCCAGUUCUUGAAGGACAAGCUGGCCAAGGAGGAGCACAACAGUGCUCUGAACCUUAAUAAGAUUAACACACAGUGGAGAGCUGUUCUCCGAGAAGUCAAGACCAAAGAGCUUCUUAAGGACAUUGAGAUCCUCAGCCAAACAUUUGAACGAGUGGUGGACUGCAAGGACAGUGUCAUCAAGUCUUUAGCGAAGGACCUGUCAGAAGCGGAGGAGCAGUAUGCCCAUGCCCUGCGCAGCCACUUGCACAACAUUGACCAUCUGUUGGCCUUGCAGAGGUGCCGACUCAACCUCCUGGAGGAAAAUUACAACAUGGAGCUGGAGACCCUCACCAAGGAGUUUGAGACAGAAAGGAAGACUAUUAUUGACCAACAUGAAAAAGAGAUUCACUACCUACAAGAUGUCUUCAUGGCCAUGGAGCAGAACUACAUAGAUUCUGAGUAUGAAAGCAAGCUGGAGUUCCAGAGCAUGUGGGAUGAUCUCAAAAACAAGAAUAUAGAAGAGAAGCACUUUCUAAGACUGCAACUAGAGAGUGUAGUAGAAGAUCUGUGGAGAAGGUUCCAGGAUGCACUUAAGAAUUACACUGAUGCCACAGAGGAUCGAAAGAUUGCCUUUGAGGCUUUGAAACUGAAGGACGAGAAGAGCUCCAAAGACAUUGAAACACAGAUGAGAAGAAUACAGAGACUGCAGGAUUCCAUACUUAUUUUGAAAGGCAAAAUCAUGGUGCAUAGCCGUGAGAGCGAAGAACAGAACCAGUACAUUCGUGAUGACAAGGAGUUGGUCCUUAUCCAACUACGAAAACUUAAGGCCCAAAGGACUCAUAUCUGGGAAAUAGCACAGGAGAAUUUAGUCAAACUCACUCUGGAGAGUAACACCGCCCUCAAAGCCCUGACAGCGAUUGUUGAUAAGGGCGAAAAGGUCCUCAGACUUGCUGAAAUAUGUAGGAAACUUGAAACAGAGGAAGAAAAAGUGCUGCCCUUUUAUUCAUCAACAUUGACUCCGGAGGAGCUGGAGGAGAUAGAGGAAAUUACCCCAGAGGAGCUCACUGAGGAGCUGGCAAAGGUGAUAGCGGAUUACAUAGGGAUGGAUAAUUUCUGGAAACGGUACAACAAAGUGAAACUAGAACAACUGAGCCUCCAACGAAGACGUAGCCAGUUGUUAGACAUCAACGGGAAGCUGAGGGAGAUGCUCAAGCGGUACCUGGAUGGCAUCUCGGUGAGCGACGAAGUGCUGAGCCAGCUCAACCCACUCUUCAUCGUCAACUACCAAAGCAACUUACCCCAGACCUUGUCCAAACCUACAACCCAGCCAGGUGGCAAGAAAAGUCAACCCACUUACAACGUCAUUGAGGCAGCCCACGUGGUCUCCCAUAUCCUGUGAUACAAGGAGGAAAUCUCUUUUCAACCUCCAGAGAAUUUUUUUGAGAGACCUGAGGACUUUGCUAUUAAAAAUUCCCAUAGAGCUCA